AUGUCAAGACCCAGAGCAUCAACGCACUACUUCCUCACAUUGCACCACGGAGUAAUGAACUACUCUGCUCUGAGGCCAAGCGUUAGUAAUUCAGGCGCUUCAGCAAGCUGCGGCGAGCUUCGCACUUCCAAGACCUGGGUUCUACCGGCAAAGACAAAGCCUGGACGGCGGGCGAAGACCUGCACCCAGCAGGAUGGUGGAUCAGUAAGCCUGGAAGACGACUCACGCAAAGCAAAAAACAGGGAGGCGCAAAGAGCGUAUCGGGAGCGCCAAGCGGGUCAUAUUAAGGAGUUGCAAGACCUGGUGGAGAAGUGGCGAAUGAAGUGUGAGGGCCUAAAGGCUGAACUCAGAAAUAGGAACUUUGAACUGGAACAGCAUAAGGCGCGAGUGCAGGAUCUGGAAAAAAAAGUUGAGACUUUGGAAGCUGAGCGGAAGCCUGUUCCGUGCGACCUGUGCGCGCUGAAAGUAACGGACGCGGGUGCCACGACCGGCUUUCUAGACCCAAAACUGCAGGAUCAUAUUGAUAAUUUCAAGCCCAUGAAGGCGGUGCCACUGAGUUCGGGGCGCAAGAAAAGAAAGUGGAGCCCGAGCGCCCUUCCAACGUUCAAACGACCCGACGAGCGCGGGAUCUCGGCCGGCUCGCUGCUGGAGCUCCCAGUGGUCGACGACUCGCUGGGUUGUGGUUUCUGUUCUGAGAGCUCUGCAUGUCUCUGCAAAGACCUUGCUGCCCAGCCCGAUCCGGCGGAACCGGCGGCAAAAAGAAGAGAAGCGGGCCAAGGAGGUUAA